AUGUUUCUCAACAGAGCCCUGGUCACAUUCGCUUUGAUCCUUACGACUGUAGUCUUGGCGAGAUGGUACGUGUUGAGGAAUCGCAAAAUUAGACGAGAGAUAUUGGAGUCUUGCAGAGCCUGCAAAAACCAAAACGAUGGCGAACACAAAGAUAACUUGUCGGUCGUUCUAAAGGGAAAUCGGUUUGUAUUGUUUUUUAUCGGUGGUUUGAUUCUCCUUGGAUACUUCCUCAGGAUGUUGCCGACCGGAUUCACUUCCCAUCUACUACUUUUCCUAAUACUAGUAUACACCUUUCACAUGCUAAUGUCGAAGUGUUAUGCGAUUAACGUAAUUUGGUGUCAUGGGAUCAUUUCUAUAAACGGUAAUGUUUCGUGCGUUUGUUAA